AAAAGCAGAGUUGGAACAUUGUGAUGUAUAGCUUGCACAUUUAGAACAAAACGAACGAAUGACAAAGCGAACGAGGUUGGUUUACAAUCAGUAGUAUCUCUCGCUGAUCGCGAUCGAUUGGUUUUUAGUUUCAUAAUGCUUCAUUAUAUUAGAGGCAACUUUCUCUCUCUCUCUAUCAUUAUGUCUCUCCCAUGUUUUCGAUAUUAAAAAGAAACCGAGUGGAGCAUUUAUUGAUCAGAUCAGAUGUCGGAUGUUUUGCGUUUUAGAUGGCCUUCGGGGUGAGGCCAUCGCACAAGUUUACUCAGCUCGAACACGAAAAUUCGGUCCGUACAAGAUAGCGAGCAGCAAGCUCACAAAGCUCCGCCCCAUUACUCUCUGGUACAAGUUGUAGAGGCCACGAAUUAGCUGUUAAGCGGUGAGGCGGUUUUCGCGAUUCUUAUCAAAACCACAUAUUAAGAAGCCAGUUGAAGGAAAGGAUAUCAGAUGCGCACACAAUGGACCCCGUCUGCAAGUUAGAAAGCGAAAAUUAGCGAGGUAUUAAUAAUUCUUAGAUAGAGAGAAACAGCGUGAUCUGUUCUCCCUUGAAUAUCGCGCCGAUCACAAGUGGACGGAAGUAUAUCGGAGACGCAUAUUGGAAAGGUUGCACGAUACCUUCCAGGAUGUGUGUUCCGCUAUUGCAUAUACCAUCGUUGCAACUGCCGGCGAAAUAAGCGAUAAGGCGCACCAUCUGCGUUCGUUCUGACGAGAAGGAGAAGAGAUAUAUUACAUUAGUAUAGUGAUGAAAAGAUCCCUUCCUGUGAAAGGAUUUUAGAUUAAGCGAACCAUUGAUGUACGUUUGGUGGCCUGAGUGGCACGCGUCGUGUCGCACAUGCUGCGCUACGUGCAUUUCGUUACAGAGCGUGCGUGUUUUACUACAAACACUCACUAUCGAUCGUUUGGCCCCAUUUGGACGCGAGACUCGUGUUUUAAUCGUUUCGGAAUCGUGGAAAGCUGUGAGAGAAACAAAGCAAAAAUAUAAUCAUCA